AUGGCGGCUGAAACUAAACAAAUAAAUAAUGGAUUUCUCUCGUUCAUAUCAAAUGGCUCUAACAAGCACUUGAGGAAGAUCUCCGCUGGUGGAGACACUGACAGUAGCAACGAGCACCUCCCCAUUCUGUUCGACCACAAAUCCAAUGAGCAGCAGUCAAUGAGAGCCUUUGAACGCUCCGACCGUGGCGAAGUCAUUGUCAAGAUCGACGACGGAGAUUUCUCUGGUAAAAAAGACGCGGUGAACCCCAUCAACAUGAACAACGACAACAACAACAACAGUAGCAAGAUUUGGAGAGACGCCAGCUACGACUUCUGGAAAGAAGACGACGACGACAACAGGAACAACAAUGUGAAUAAUGGGGGUGAGAUGUCUUUGGACAUGGAUCUCGAGAUGGACGAGCUCCGGACUCUCCCUCCGGUGGCCGAGUCUACGAUGAAGGUCACGACCCAGACGUCCAAGGAGCUCAACGUUUCGUUCCAGCCCUCCAAUGCCGGGUUCGAGUCGGCGACCGACGCGGUACGACGUCGUUACAAGGAAGCGUCCGUGGACGAAGAAGAGGGACACCGUAAUCAACAACAACAACGACAAUCGCCGCCGCAACAAGCUCAGCAAUGCGGUAGGGCAAGUGGGUCUGGGGCUUUGGGCGGUGAGGUGGUGAGGUGCACCUCGAACGGGUCGUUUCAAAGGAAGUCGAGCUUGUUGAGAGCGAAGACCAGGUCGAGGCUGAUGGACCCACCGGACGAGCCGGAGAGGCGGUCGGGCCGGGUUCCCACGUCGGGUCAGCUCCUGCUGGCCAAGGCCUUGGACGACGGCGAGGACGACCCGUUCUGGGAUGAUGAUUUGCCGGACGAAUACAAGAAAAGCAGUCUCAGCGCUGUGACUGUGUUGGAAUUCGUGAGCUUGAUUUUGAUCAUCGCCGCUUUGGUUUGCUCUCUUUCGAUUCCUUACUUGAGGAACAAGAAUCUGUGGAAGCUCAAGCUGUGGAGAUGGGAGGUUCUGGUCUUGGUUUUGAUCUGUGGGAGAUUGAUGUCCGGGUGGGGGAUUAGGAUCAUAGUGUUAUUUAUAGAGAGGAGCUUCCUUUUACGCAAAAGGGUUCUCUAUUUCGUUUAUGGGGUUCGAAAGCCGGUGCGUAAUUGUCUGUGGCUGGGGCUUGUUUUGAUAGCUUGGCACUUUUUGUUUGAUAAAAAGGUUGAGAGGGAGACCAAGAGCGAUAAGCUUGGGUAUGUGACUAAGGUUCUCGUUUGUUUGUUGGUUGGUUCCUUGGUUUGGUUGGUGAAGACCCUUAUGGUGAAGGUGUUGGCUUCGUCUUUUCAUGUCAGUACUUAUUUUGAUCGGAUCCAGGAGUCUCUGUUUAACCAGUAUGUGAUAGAGACGCUUUCUGGGAAGCCAUUGAUUGAGAUGCGGAAUGCGGAGGAGGAGAUUAAGCUUGCCGAUGAGGUGAAGAAGCUGCAGAACGCUGGCGCUACUAUCCCCCCCGAUCUCAAGGCCAGUGCUUUCCCUUCGAUGAUGAGUGGAAGGGUUAUAGGGAGUGGAAAGCUUUCUCGGGCAUCGUCCAAGAAGGGGGAUGAUCAAGGGAUCACCAUUGAUCAUCUGCAUAGGUUUAAUCCCAAGAAUGUGUCGGCCUGGAAUAUGAAGAGGUUGAUGAAUAUUGCUCGGCAUGGGACUCUUUCCACUCUGGAUGAGCAGAUUUUGGGUACCACUAAGGAGGAUGAGACUAAUUCCCAGAUUAGGAGUGAGUUCGAGGCGAAAACUGCAGCCAAGAAGAUAUUUCUGAAUGUCGCUCGGCAAGGGUCCAAGUUCAUCUACCUGGAGGACUUGAUGCAUUUCUUGGUAGAAGAUGAGGCUUUGAAAACCCUGAGUCGCUUUGAAGGAGCCUCUGAUACCAAGAGAAUUAGCAAAUCAUCCUUGAAGAACUGGGUGGUCAAUGCCUUCAGAGAGCGGAGAGCACUUGCUUUGACGUUGAAUGAUAACCAAACAGCCGUGAACACACUUCAUCGAGCCGUGAACAUUAUAGUUGCCCUUGUUAUAUUAGUUAUUUCGCUCCUGAUACUGGGAAUUGCCACCACCAAAUUUCUGCUCCUUGUGAGCUCUCAGCUUGUCGUUGCCGCAUUCAUCUUUGGAAACACCUGCAAGAUAGUAUUCGAAGCAAUCAUCUUCUUAUUUGUAAUGCACCCAUUUGACGUGGGAGAUAGGUGUGAAAUCGAAGGCAUUCAGAUGGUUGUAGAAGAAAUGAAAAUCUUGACUACCAGUUUUCUGAGAUAUGAUAACACAAAGAGUAUUUACCCAAACACUGUUCUUGCUACCAAGUGUAUCAAUAACUUCUUUCGAAGCCCUGACAUGGGAGAUGCUGUUGAGUUCUGUGUCCAUAUAUCUACUCCAGCAGAUAAGAUUGCGCUCAUAAUACAAAGAAUCAUAAGUUAUAUUGAGAGCAAGGAGGAGCAUUGGUAUCCUGCACCUAUGACUAUAUUCAAGGAAGUGGAAGAAUUAAACAGGCUGAAAAUAGCCGUAUGGCUGACACACAGAAUGAACCACCAGGACAUGGGAGAAAGGUGGUCAAGGAGAUCUCUUUUGGUUGAAGAAAUGGUUAAGAUUUUCCGUGAGCUUGACAUUCAGUACCGCCUGCUGCCCAUUGACAUCAAUGUCCCCGCCAUGCCUCCUACUCCUGUGAAUUCUACCCGGCUUCCCUCUACUUGGUCAGAAACUACAAGUUGAGUGAGAAAACAAGAGGAUUUUUUUUUUUUUUUUUUUUU